AUGAUAAUAUAUAACAGACUCUACUUUCAGAAUUUACCCAAUAGGCCGGCGAACAAAGAUAAUUAUAUCAGAUUUCUUUUGAAAUGCAUCAGCCCUAACAAUAAGUAUGCUAUAAAUCCAUCAUUGCCGCUUCCUCACCAGAAACUACACACUUCUUCACAACCGUUCACAUUAUUAGAUGAUCAAAUAGGCCUCGUAGAGGUUUCCGUUUCAAGGUCAUCCAAGAUGUCCAACCAAGCAUUUUUGACAUUUACAACUCAAGCUGAAGCAGAAAGGUUUUUAAACAAAUACACGACAACAGCAUUAAAGGUUCAAGGUCGUAAAGUCAGAAUUGAAAUGGCUCGAACGAACUCGAUAUUAGGCCUCUCAAUGGAAAUUCAGAAAAAUAAAGAGAAUAAUGAAAGUCACUAUCUUGAUUUAAAAAAGGUACUAAAAGCAAGAAAACUCAAACGCAGGCUAGCCAAUGACCAUGUGUACUCCAAGAAGUUUAAGCUUAAAAGACAAAUAAGACGCCUAAAGCAUAAACUAAGAUUGAGAAAGAUAGAAGAUCCAGAAAUUAAUAGGAUUGUUAAAGAAUUUGAAACACGUAGGUUGAAGAAUAUAAUACCUCAACGAGAGACCCCAAAAAAAGCAUUGGAAUCUCUGGAACCACCAAAAAAUUCAAGUACCAUUGAAAAUCCACCGAAUAAAGUUCUUCUAAUACAAAAUUUACCAAGUGGAACUACAGAACAAUUAUUAUCACAAAUACUUGGAAAUGAUGCGCUAAUUGAAAUCAGAUUAGUUAGUGUUCGAAACCUAGCUUUCGUUGAAUACGAAACUGUUAGUGAUGCUACUAAAAUCAAAAGUCAAUUAGGACCAGUUUACAAGCUACAAAACAACGAUGUUACCAUAGGAUUUGCUAAGUAG